AUGGCGAUUUCUCCUGAAACGUUCACAACCCGAAAACGACGACCCGGGGCGUCGUUUAACACUUCCAAGCUGAACGACUUUAACCUUCUCUUCUCUCUGCUUCAACUAACGGAUCAGAUAUGUUCUUUAAACCUUAACAACGCCGCCAACUUUCUCCUGAACCGCGCUUCCUGUUCCACCAUCCGCAAAACGCAGCUCCUCGGUGUCGUCUUCGAGGACCUAAUUUGGUGUUCCAAUGCCAAUCCCGAUUCCGUUGUGUUCCCCCACUCUCUCUUCCUUUGCCUCGAGGAAAUGUACAUCGUUCUACACAAAAUCAAAACUUUGAUUGAAGAUUUCUCCAACGGAAGCAAGUUCAAUUUGCUCAUGCAAAUCGAAACCGUCGCCGACACCUUCCACAGGCUCACUGCAGAACUCUCCACGCUCCUCGACGUUUUCCCUCUCCAGGAGCUCAACCUAACCGACGACGUUCGGGACCUUGUUAUCCUCAUCAGAAAGCAGUGCUCCGAAUCCAGGCCGUUCAUCGGAACAGAACAGAUUAACCUCCGGUACGACGUCGUUUCCGUCCUCGACCGGAUCAAGAACGAGAUCGUUCCUGAUCAGGCGCAUCUUUCGUCGAUUUUCGAGAAACUGGAGAUUCGCGACGCGUCGAGCUGCAGAGCGGAGAUUGAGAACUUGGAGGAGGAGAUUCACAACCGGAGCGAGGAGCAAGCGAAGACGGAUCUCGUAGCGUUGAUAGGCCUUGUUCGUUUCGCCAAGUGCGUUCUCUUCGGCGCGUCAACGCCGUCGACGAGAAGCGUCACUCUGCGGCGGAAUCAGUCGUCGGAGUUCGCAGUUCCGUCGGAUUACCGGUGUCCAAUAAGCCUAGAGCUCAUGCGCGACCCUGUCGUGGUGGCGACGGGACAGACGUACGAUCGUGGAUCGAUCAAGCUGUGGAUGGAUUCAGGACACAACACGUGUCCAAAAACGGGUCAAACACUAUCACACACCGACCUAAUCCCCAAUCGCGCGCUGAGGAACAUGAUAGCGACGUGGUGCCGCGAGCAGAAAAUCCCCUUCGAAGCGGAAACGAUUACAGGGAAACUAAAUGGCGGAGUAACCAAUAAGGCCGCGUUAGAAGCCACGCGAAUGACUGUGUCGUUUUUGGUGAACAAGCUCAAGUCAAACGACAACGUCCCUUUGUCCGUUGAAGAUACAAACGGCGCCGUUUACGAGCUUCGGGUUUUGGCGAAAACAGAUUCGGAUAGCCGAGCCUGUAUAGCCGAAGUAGGGGCCAUUCCGCUUUUGGUUCGGUUUCUCGACGUGGGAAUGGAAAACCCGAGCCUACAGGUUAACGCCGUGACGACGAUUUUGAACUUGUCUAUUCUGGAAGCGAACAAGACGCGGAUAAUGGAGACUGACGGCGCAUUAAACGGCGUUGCGGAGGUUUUACUUUCGGGUGCCACGUGGGAGGCCAAGGCCAACGCGGCGGCGACGGUGUUUAGUUUAUCGAGUGUGCCUGCGCACAGGAAGAGACUGGGAAGGAAAACGCGUCUCGUGAGCGGGUUAGUGGGUUUGGCGCGUAAUGGGCCCGAGGGAGCGAGGCGGGACGCGCUGGCGGCUAUACUCAACCUCGCUGCGGACAGGGAGACGGUAGCGCGUCUGGUGGAGGGAGGAGCGGUGGACAUGGCGGCGGAGGUCAUGGCGGCGAUGCCCGAGGAGGGGGUGACGAUUCUGGAGGCGGUGGUCAAGAGGGGUGGGCUGAUGGCGGUGGCGGCGGCGUACGCCGGAAUUAAGAGGCUGGGGGCGGUUCUCAGGGAGGGGUCGGAGAGAGCAAGGGAGAGUGCGGCGGCGACGCUGGUCACCAUGUGUCGGAAAGGGGGGUCGGAGGUUGUGGCGGAGCUGGCGGCGAUUCCCAGCGUGGAGAGGGUCAUUUGGGAGCUCAUGGCCGUAGGGAGUGUCAGGGGGCGGCGGAAGGCGGCUACGCUGUUGAGGAUUUUGAGGCGGUGGGCGGCGGGGCUGGAUGGCGGAGAGAGUGAAGGGUUCUCGACAACCACUGUGGUUGAUCCAACUUCCACCAUUUCCUUACCACAGUAA